AUGUUUGUUUGCGCGUGCAGGACGGGCAAGACAAACAAGGACUUCUCGCUCAACUACAUAUCUGCUGUGAGGCACAUAGAUUGGACGUUGUGCGCGGUCGGAGCCACGCUGCUGUGGCUGCACUGGGUGUACGACUUGGUUCCCAUCCUCUAUGGGGACAUAGCCCCCCCUCUCGACUUCACGGAACCCUCCACGUGGUACGAUCAAUACCUGUUCUUCCCCCUUCGCGCGGGCAACGAGAAGCAAAUACCGCCCACGACUCAUCACGACUGGGCGGCGAAAAUUCUCCAGGACGCGGGAAUCACAUGCUCGCGUGCGGUACACGCGACCAGGGCUGGGGGGGCGCAGCACGCGUCCGCAGACGGAAUGCCUUCGGAUCAGCUGGCGAGGCUGGGGGGUUGGCGCUUCAUUGACGUGAUGACUAAGCACUACCUCACAACCAUUCCAAGGGAGGCCGUGCUGCUGAAGGCGGGCUUCACCGGGGUUGACGGUGACUACUUCCUGGGUCGCGCAACUGUUCCGGUCAGCGAUAAGCUGGAUGAGCUACUGAGGAAGCACAUUUUCCCAUGGGCCGCCACGGACAAAGGACAGCAACAGUGCAAGGAUUACAACCGCAAGAUGGUGAAAACGCAGAAGCCGGAGAAGCAGGACACCGCGGGGCUAAACAUACUGAAGGAGCUGGAUGGGGACGCUAGGAUGGCGGUCGCGCAAUACCUGGCGAUGUAUUACAUCCACCAGCCACGACACCCGUACGUGGUCAACAACCCGCUCUGUCAGACGGAGGAAUUUGCGUCGUGGGCUGCAGAUGUCUCAUUGGCAAAUCAACUCGCCAUAGUACAGCGCAACACACCUACACUGACCCAGCCCGCAGAGGUGAGUACCAGAAUGGACGCGCAGAACCAAGUGACCGUCCUCACUGAGUACUUGACUCGUUCACAAGCGGACAACACCAGACUGGGCCUAGAGUUGGUCGCGACUCAUAAACGGGUGAAAGAGCUGGAGGGGCUGCUGGAGGAUCGCGAUCGGAAACUGGCCGAGAAGGACGAGCGCGUGAAUGAUUUGGAGGCCCAGCUGUCGUGGCUCACCGUGAGCAGCUCAGGGCCGACCGCGGUUCCGAACCAGGCAACCACUCCUGGAGCCGCGGCCGCGUCGACCAAUGCCACAGCUCCCACCGAGCAGGGGACGCGGAAGAAACCCGCAGCGCCAACCAGGGAACAGACGAUUCGGGACGCGAUCGUCCUUCCAUGGGUCAACGCCACCAAACCGUCAGACGGAUGGAAGCUGUACAAGACAAUGCACCCGCUGAUCCUCGAGAGUCCAAAGUCGCUUCGGGCCCAACCCCGCGGCGCAGUUACGCGAAUGGCCGCGCUCAUUGGGGAGGAGGGAGGCGGCCAGAACGCGAUAAACCGUGUUAAGCGAAUCAUGAACUUCAUCGCCCACAGGGUGGAGCAAGGAGACGACAUCGCGGUAGUGCUCGACAAGCUCGACCUCAUGUCAAGUGCUGUGGGCAUGUCGGGUGUAUCGGAAGGGAUCGCGGUAAAGAAGAAGAGUGUUGACCUUGAACUGAGCCAGCUCAAGAAGGGUUCUCCGGUGGAGGUGCAGUUGCGUGUGAAAUGGAUGCUUGUUCGCGACCGUCUCAUCAAUGCCUCUCUUCCCGCUUCUGAGUUCACGGUCGCGUGGCCCCAGUACUGUGCGCUGAUGCCAGACUUGCAGUAA